AUGGGCAUCGUCGGUCGCGGCGACGAGCUCGAGAAACAAAACCGUCUCGCCCUCAAGAUGGCACGGGAGGUCGCCGACAGCACUGGGACCCUGAUGUGCGGUGAUCUCAGUAACACGUUCGUUUACCAACCCGACAAUGACGAGGCGAUCGAGAAAACGAAGGAGAUGUUCAAGGAACAAGUUGAGUGGACUGUUGACGAAGGAGCCGAUUACAUUGUGGGUGAGACCUUUGGGUACGUCGGAGAGGCCAUUCUUGCAGCACAGGCCAUCAAGGAAUAUGGCAAAGGCGUACCAGCAGUUGUCACGCUGUCGUCACACGUGAAGUACGACGAUGAGGGCCGACCUUGCACGAUAGAUGGGGUCGAAAUGAAUGAGGCGCUUCGGCGACUGGUCGAGGCAGGAGCUGAUGUGGUCGGGUUCAACUGCACACGAGGACCAGAAACCAUCAUGACAUUGGUUGAGAGUGCUACCAAUGCAGGGAUAAAGGUGCCAUUAGCCGUCCUGCCAGUACUCUACAGAACUACGGACGAGUAUCCUUCUUUCCAUUCAUUGCCGGACCCAAAGACAGUUUAUACCAUGUUUAUCAUGAUACCUGCAGGUGAACGAGCGUUCCCCGAUAUGGACUGCCUGCUCUGCUCGCGACGAGACGUCAUCGAAUUCGGGCAACGCUGUGCUCAGCUCAAAAUCCCAUACGUGGGACUGUGCUGCGGCAACGCCCCUCACUACACCCGAGCUCUCGCCGAAUCAUACGGCCGCCGCCCCGAGGCCUCGAAGUACUCGCCCGAUAUGGCGAUGCAUGGCUGGUUAGGAACGAAGAAAGACGUCGUCGAUGAGCAUUAUUCUGUGACAAUCAAGUCAUUUCAAAAUAAUUUCUAAUACAAAUAGUCAUGAAAAUUGGAUUAACAGAUACAGUGGCAUCAAAUUUUCUUAAGCUGCUUCUAAAUGUUGAGGGUCAAUGUUCACGUUUUGAUGCAUUGAACCUGUCCAUUCCGAUGUACGUA